CUGUCCUUGUUUUUCACUUGUUUGUAGAUGUUCAUAUCACAAGUAUAUCUUAAAAUAUGUAUUAUUUUGUUUAAAAUGUCUCUAAAACGUCGCUGAAGUUUGACGAACUGUUCUAGGUACACAAAGAGACGAUUUGGUUGGCGCCCCGGAAAUUACCUGAAGAUUUUUUUUCCACCAACCAAGCUGAACAACAAGUAAACGUACUAAAACGAUCAUCAGCUGUCAAGUUGGUGAAUUGUUUUGGGACUCUUAACAGUAUGAGCACAGAAAUGGAACAGAUGGACCUUUCUGAAAAGUUGGAGGUCAUUGAGAGACCUAAUGCCAUGAACAAAAUGUUUGUGAAGUUAGAGAAAAGAGAUGACACACCUGGUCUUGGCCCUUCAAUGUCCAAUCCUCGAUCAGUUUUCAGAUUACGCAUUAAUCUACAUCCAUUCUCAAAACCAGAUUUAAACCAGGAAUAUCUUGCAAGAGGCGACAAGGCCCCAUCGCCAACAGCUUCCGCCUUCCAUCCAAUUGGUGAGGGACAUCAUCACUGUCAUGCAUACAAUCAAGAACGAAGCUCUCAAGAAACUGAGAAGCAGAUGAUCGAAACUGCCAUGCAGACUAAAACCCAACUAGAAAUGGAUAACAGGGAGUCUGAGAAUCCUCUCUUUCAAAAGGAACAAAGCUUUUUCAGGAGAGUCAUCAAAAUUCUUCUCAUCUUGUUCAUUAUUUUGAGUCUAUAUUAGAUUUUUAUGUUUGCAAGCCAGUAUGUUUACUUGGAUGUGAAGUGUAUGGCAAGGUCAUGGAAUCUUGAGAGAUGCAUGAAUGGCUUUCCAAAACUGCUCUUUGCUGGAACGAGUACUCCACCCAUAUGAAUAAUUGUUCAAUUUGAUUUCAGCACUCAAUAAAGCAUUUAAA